AAGAUCAUUAAAAUAAGAUUAAGAUUAGCGAAGAGAGAUGUUUGGGUGAAGAACAGCGCGGCAAUGGGGCUCCUAUAAAUAGUGGGCCGCCACUACUUAAUAAGACCGGCCUUUGUUAUUACAGGCUUUUCAUUUUUCAUUUUCUCAAUCCAAACCCAAAAAAAAAGGAGAGGCGGUAAAUAGAGAGAGAAAGAGAGAGACUAUAAUGGCGACAACACUUCCAUCACACCUUUCCAAAACAACUACUCACUCUCUCUCUCCCAUGGCUACUUCCGCAGCUUUUGGUUCUCGUCUUCUUCCUUCCGCCGCCAGAGCCACCGCCGCUACGCUCUCUCUUCCUUCCUCUCGCUAUUCCUCAUCGCUCAAAUGCCUCCGAUCUUCUCCUUUCGUUUCUCGUCUCUUCCUCAACCAGAGGACGUCGGUUUUCUUAUCGGCCAGGGGUUUCAGUGCGGCUUCUGCUCCGAAAUGCUUUGCUUCUGAUCCGGACCAGCUGAAGAAUGCUAGAGAAGAUAUCAAGGAGCUUCUUAAGACGAACUUCUGCCAUCCUAUUUUGGUUCGCCUGGGAUGGCAUGAUGCUGGUACUUAUAACAAGAACAUUGAGGAAUGGCCGCAAAGAGGUGGAACUAAUGGAAGUUUGAGAUUUGAGAUUGAGCUUAAACAUGCAGCCAAUGCAGGUCUUGUGAAUGCAUUGAAACUUCUUCAGCCAAUCAAAGAGAAAUACUCUGGUGUGACAUAUGCAGACUUGUUCCAGUUGGCCAGUGCUACCGCAGUGGAGGACGCAGGUGGCCCAAAAAUCCCUAUGAAGUAUGGAAGAGUAGAUGUGUCAGCACCUGAACAGUGCCCAGAAGAAGGGCGACUUCCUGAUGCUGGUCCUCCUUCACCUGCUGAUCAUCUUCGACAGGUUUUCUACAGAAUGGGUUUAAAUGACAAAGAAAUUGUUGCACUAUCUGGUGCUCAUACACUGGGAAGGUCCAGACCAGAGCGUAGUGGUUGGGGCAAGCCAGAGACAAAGUAUACGAAAGAUGGGCCAGGAGCACCUGGAGGACAGUCCUGGACUGCGAAAUGGUUGAAGUUUGACAAUUCAUACUUUAAGGAUAUUAAAGAGAGGAAGGACGAAGAUCUACUGGUGUUGCCAACUGAUGCUGUUCUUUUUGAUGAUCCGUCUUUCAGAGUGUAUGCUGAAAAAUAUGCCGAAGAUCAGGAAGCAUUCUUCAAGGAUUAUGCUGAAGCCCAUGCUAAACUCAGCAACCUCGGGGCAAAAUUUGAUCCUCCAGAGGGUAUUGUGCUCGAUGACGGUUCUUCAAAACCUGUUGGAGAGAAGUUUGUAGCAGCCAAAUACUCGACUGGCAAGGACUAAAUAACAAAGUGUCAUAGUUUUCUUAUGCCGUGUGUUUUAAAUAAAAUACAAGAUGAAGCUUUUUUCAAACUAUAAAUUGGAAGUCUUAAAAUGAAGAACAGGAAUAAAAAAGAAAUUCAAUAGUGUUGUUACCUAUUUGAAUUGCAGAGAGAGCUGUCAAGUUCUAUGAAGGAGAAGAUUCGUGCAGAGUACGAAGCGGUCGGUGGAAGCCCAGAUAAGCCUCUACAGUCCAAUUAUUUUCUGAAUAUCAUGAUAGUGAUUGCUGUUUUGGCAUUUUUGACAUCACUAGUUGGAAAUUAGAUCUUGGGACUUUUUUUUUUAUAUAUAAAAAUUAUAUUACAUUGCUGGUUUUGUAUUCUAAUUCAUCGGAGGCAUUCCGAAUUGGAAAUGGUUCCUUCUGUUCUUUAUGUUUCAAAUUCAUAACGUGCUUUCCAAGGUAACGUUUUGAAGGGUUUAAUCCCUCGAGAAACAAGAUGAAUGUAAAUCUUAACAUUGCCAUUGAAA